AUCAAGUGUGCAUUCUUCUGAGACUGCACGUGGAGUUUACAUUUAGAAGCUGGGAGACAGCUGGUAAAUGGGUGGAGGGGAAAGCCUCUGUUUUCCUUCAUAAUUAUGGAGCACCGAGGUUCCUGCUUUGAGUCAGAACUUGAUUUUUGUCCUGAGUGUGGCACUGUCCUGCCCCUGCCAGGUAUUCAAGAUAAGGUGAUAUGUCCUUGUUGUUCUUUCUACAUUGAUGUGCGAGAUUUUGAAAAGAGAGUCAUCCGUACAUCGGUCACAUUCAACAAAAUAGAUUCCUCUUCUUUGACUGCAGAGGAAGGGAAAGAAGUUAAGGGUCCGCUGAUUGACAGAAGGUGUCCUCAGUGUGGGCAUGAGGGCAUGGCCUACCAUACUCGACAGAUGAGAUCUGCAGAUGAAGGGCAGACGGUUUUCUACACCUGCGUCCAGUGCAAGUUUCAAGAGAAGGAAGAUUCUUAAUCAUGUUUGCCUAAAUGAGUGGGAGGCAGUACCUCAAAAAACUCCCCUCGUGACAGAGAAUCGUUUCUGGAUUUUUAUGAAGAGACUGUAACAUUCUUAGGUGCUUUAGAAGCAUUUUUGUUUAAGCUGGAUGAUUGGCAGAUGGUGACAGGCUGGACACUUCAAAUGAAGAUAGAAACAGCAGCAAAAAUAGAACCUGACAAACGGCCUUGCAGAACUUCAAAUCUGCUUCGCUUCACCUCUGUCUUGGUCAUUGAAAGAACAGUAAUCAUAUGUGCUGAUGUUGCAAGUCUCUCUUUAUUGCUGCUGUUGUAUUUAUUUUCAUAUAAACUCAUGCUUUGAUUGAA